AUGCUCGAAGAAUUGGCCUCCAGGUUCUCGCCUGCGCAGGCAGCCCUGGUUGCAUUCGGCCUCUUUGCCGUAUUCCUGUUCAUACUGGAUUGCAGAAUUGACUGGCGCAUCCGCAAAUUAGGAGCGCAAUCACCGCGGAUAAAGUCAUAUCUACCUUUGGGUUUCGACUUUAUCUACCGGGUUAUGAAGGCUGGCAGCCAGAGUAAAGACCUCGAGUUCUGGACUGAGCUGGCCAAGGAACUCCCAUCCCACGGGCCAGGACCAGUCGGUACAUAUGAAGUCAAGUUCCGAUGCUAUGGCCGCAGUGUCUUCACGACCGAUCCAGAUAUCAUCAAAACCGUGCUCACUGGCCAGUUCGCUGACUACGGCAAGGGCAAAAGGUUCCACGAGGAAUGGCGGGAUUUCCUGGGAGACAGCAUCUUUGCGACUGACGGCGAGCUCUGGUCUAAAUCCAGACAGCUGCUUCGCCCAAUGUUUGCGAGAGAUCGGAUUGUCGAUACCGAGAUCUUCGAGAAGCACAUCCACAAGCUGAUCCCGCUGCUCUCUGGCGAUCUGAAUCAAGAUGGAAGCAAAACCGUCGAUGUUGGGCCGUUGUUCUUCCGAUUCACCUUGGAUGCUGCCACCGACUAUCUUUUGGGCCACAGCGUGGACAGCUUGGAUAACCCCAAGACGACUUUUGCAGAAGCAUUCCAAUACGUACUUCAUCGCCAAUCGGUUCUCUUCCGCGCUGGCCCCAUCAGUCCGCUUAUGUCGCGGAAACUCUUCCACGAGAACCUGAAGAAGAUGGACGACUUUAUGCAGCCAUUCAUCGAACAGGUCCGCGCCCUCACUCCCGAAGAACUCGACCAUAAGCUGUCCAAGAAAGACACCUUCCUCCACGCCCUCGCACGUUUCACCCGCGACCCGACCGUGCUCCGCGAUCAACUCGUCGCUGUGCUCCUCGCCGGCCGCGACACCACCGCCGCCACACUCUCAUUCUGCCUCUUUGAACUCUCCCGGCAUCCCGCCGUCGUGCAGAAAAUCCGCCACGAAAUCGCUUCUGUCUGCGGUACCCGCAAACCCACCUACUCUGAACUCAAGGAGAUGAAGUACCUCAACGCCGUUCUCAACGAAACCAUGCGUCUCUACCCCGUCGUACCCUUCAACGUCCGCCACUCCCUCGUCGACACCACCCUUCCCCGCGGUGGCGGCCCAGACGGGCUCUCCCCCAUCGGCGUCCCCGCUGACACUCGCAUCAUCUACUCCACCAUGGCCAUGCAACGACGACGCGAUCUCUACCCCGCGCCGCCUCUACCGGGCGAGAAGCCUUCCCAGCCGUAUUUUGACCCGCUCCUGUUCCACCCGGAGCGCUGGACAUCAGGCUGGCAGCCCAAGCCGUGGCACUUCAUCCCGUUCAACGGGGGGCCACGGAUCUGUCUGGGUCAGCAGUUUGCGACGAUUGAGAUGGCGUAUACCAUCACGAGGAUCUUGCAGCAUUUCACAGGGAUUGUGGGCGUAGGAACACCGCCGCCGGGGACGGAUCCGAAGUUCAAGUUUGAUGUUACGCUGAGUCCGGGACAGAGGCUGGAUUGUGUGUUUGUGAAGGAGGGCAAUUGA